AUGUCUCCCUAUCGGGUUGUUUUUGGCAAGGCAUGUCACCUACCAGUUGAGAUAGAGCACCGUGCAUAUUGGGUUGUGAAGACUUGUAACUUAGCUCUUGACCAAGCUAGAGAGGAAAGGAAGCUCCAGCUGAAUGAGCUUUAUGAAAUUCGCUUAGAAUCCUAUGAGAACUCUAAGUUCUACAAAGUAAAGACUAAGAGAUUCCAUGACAACUUGAUAACUAGGAAGGAGUUUCUUGUUGGGCAGAAAAUGCUACUAUUUAACUCUAGACUUAAGCUCAUGGCUGGUAAACCCCGUUCUAAGUGGAUUGGUCCCUUUUCAGUCACUAAUGUUUUUCCUUAUGGUGUUAUAGAAAUCAGGAGUGAAUCCUCCGAUAAGAGCUUCAAGGUGAAUGGUCAUUGCCUCAAGCAUUUUCAUGAGAUUCCUUCACUUGUGGUUGUCACUAUGGAGGAGUGCACACUAGAGGAGCCCACUAUUGACCCACCAUGA